GGUCGAUCGAAGUUUCCUUCACGUUCAAAAUGGCGGAGACGUGUCUUGUGUUUUCUGCGGAAAAAACCACAUUUGAUCCCCAAUCGAAAGGAUGUCUGAUCGUUGGACAACCCCGUCACCUCCAGGCUGUUUCAUAUGACAAUUUUGCCGAAAAGUUGUCGCGAAGAGUUGAUGCUGCGGUAUGAAAAUGCUUUAUUUCCUCAAUUUAAUUCUUUAAUCUCAUUUUCCUGGCCUGGUUUCAUUUUUGUUGAUUAACUAACUAAACGGUAAGCCUCCUUCUGCCCUGUAAACUCGUGAAUAUUGAUCUCUUAAAUUUGGAUCUUAAAAAACAAAUCGGUCUCAAAAACAUUGAAACUUAAAGUUGCUAUGGUUGAAUUUCUACAAGAGUUACAGUUAAGCUCAUGCUUAAAGAAGAGUCACCAAUUUGGUGCAGUCGACCGUCCAUCCUUGGGGGUAACCUUAGAAAAUGCCUUACGCCUACAUUAGAUUAUCUUAAAAACACUUCAAUUCAAUAUUCCACUUAACACCAGUUUACAUUUAGCUGAAAAUUUGCACAUCAGACAAUAAAUAUACAGUACAAGAGGAGAUACCAUGAAGAGGAAAAUUAUCUGGGACAAGUCUCUUUGUUUCUGAUCUAAUUAUUAUUAUUUCUACUUUUUGUAAUACUAAAUUUCCAUCCAUGUAUGGUUUCAGUAAGCAUACUUAAUUUAAGAGGCUGCCGUUGUGGCCAGUGUUACUGUAAACGUCCACCAUUCAGUGGCCCAUCUACCUUUAAACCAAAAAAUUCAUCCGGUUAUACCCCCCCCCCCCCGAAUGUAGGCCCCCCUCUUGUUUAUAUUGAAAUGAAUUCAACUUUUUACAACGUUUUGAAGUUCAAAAAAGAAAAAAGUAUUUUGAUCAGCACCGCUAUGUAGCUUUUUACUUUGAAAUAAAACUUUCGUGAAUUUUUCAGACAUUCAAUCUGGUUCUUCACACCAUGGCUGGGUCAGAUGCUUGUCCAGUUUGGUUGAAUCGUGUGGUUAUUGGUGCAUUACCUGUCACAGCCAGUCGCCAUAAUUCUCCAGCUCAUCCUUAUUUCCUCUACAAGCUUGUGUGUAGUAAUCUUCCCUGUGGUGAUGCCUGUAUUGUGGUAAGACACAGUGAUAUGAGUUUGACCCAUUUCAUUAAUAAUAAUUUUUAUCAUUCAUUUUAAUACAGAAUUGCACCAAAAACAUAAAGCGAGACCUUCCAUGUAAGGGACGGACCAUUAGAAAAGUUGUGGGAGCAGUGGGGAAUUUGCGAGCCGCAGGAAUUUUUUUUUCGUUAUCAAAUUCCUUGUAUGAAAUUUUUUUGGACCAUAGCAUGAAUAUUUUUUAGGGUUCAUUGGCGUGCAUGAAUUUUUUUUCAUUUAAUUUUCCAGAUUGUGCAAAUUUUUUUUUUGUACUUCGAAUGCCCCCCCCCCCCCGAUAAGUUUUCCGAUGGUCCGUCCCUAAAUCAACACCAGACGUGCAAACAUCCCCUCCAAAAAGGAAAUAAGAGGGGCAGAGUACUUUUUUGCGUGGAUCCCUUCUGGAUAAAUUAGUGGAUAGUGUAAUAGAUUGGUUUCCCUAAUACUUAUGUGCUCGAUAUUAAUUUAUCUGAUUUAUAGCACUAUAAUUUCAAGCCUUGAAAAACUGGUCUCAGCAGUGCAUUGUCGUGACUAAUCUGUAGGGAGUCUACCCUGGGGAUAGAGAUAACUGGCCAUUUUUGAAAAGUUAGUGGUUGUUAUGGGGAGGUAGAGGACUGGUGUAAUGAGAGUCCAAUUUGCGGGAUAUGGUUGUAACAAUUGUGAUUGGCAGGUUUAUUAUAUAGUAAUCCAAAACCAAAUGCUCAGAGGAAAAUAAUUUAUUGUUUAUUGUUAAUGUAAAGCAAGGAAGUUACUUUGAGUUUAACUACAUCAGUUGUCAACACAUUUAUUAUUCCCUUCUGAAUGGCUGUUAUGGAGAGAGGUUACUAAUAUUUUUGACAGUUGGGACAACACAUUGUUAAUCAUACGUUAAUGUCAGUUGUAGAGAGAUUUUCAUAGAGAGUUUAAAAUGAGGGUGAAUGGUGGAAUUUUUUCCAGUAGGGACACAAAAAAUGUGGUUUGUGAGGUUGGUAGUAGGAUUUUGCUUUGGUGAUUUUGCUGGCUCCCAGAUUUUCUGGAGAACACUGGUGUAGAGGUCCUCCUAGAUGUAUAAUUCAGUCUUUUUCAUAAGUAAUAAAAAUUAAAACUAGUACAUCCAAACAAAUACCAUCUUCCUCCUUCAGGUUGUCUGUGAAAGAAGUGAAGCUUUUGCAUCUGCCUGUGCCAUUGCCAGAGCUUUUCCAACAUAUUCAAGAAAAUCCUCCUGGGCUAAGCUGGCAUCAAAGACAGUAACUGUGGAGUUUGUUUUUGUUGGGAGCAAUGAUUUACCACUCUCGCGUGAAGAUGCUGAAUGCAUGAAUGUGGUUGCUGAUAGUAUUCGUCUCAGUGCGAGGCUGGUGGACAUGCCAUGUCAGGAGAUGCAUACAAGUGCAUUUGUACAGGUGAUAUUCAUGUCUUGAAUGCUCCAAUCUGCGACAAAAUUAUGUGAAACACUCUGCCUUAAAGGGCCGUUGUGACAUUUUGCCGACUUCAAAAGUGAAAAAUUAAGCUUUCCCUCCCCCUGCACCCUCCAAUACUUCAGUGUUGCUGUAUGGGCUACCUGUAAGAAACAACAAACACCCCAACUUUGAAUUGAGGGAAGAGGAGAGGAGUGUGGUUUUUGUUUUCUGAUUUUGAGGGUAGUGACUCAACAAUGUUGUUGCCUAUUGUACUAGUUUUAAACCUUUAGUUGAUCUGUCACUGAUUUUUUAAGAAAGAACAAUUUUGAUCCAGAACUUCUUUUCUUUAGUAUGUGUACAUGUAGCUGUGCAUUAAUUUGAUUCCCUAACAGGUAUUUGGCAAAGUUUGGUGAGGGUUGUCAUGGUCACAUGUAACCAUAGCAACUAAGUAACAAGUAAUGACCAACAAGUGUGUUCCUUUUAAAUUGUAGCAUGAUAUUACACCUAUACUGUUCUCCAACAGCACUUUCUUGUACUGGUUUCCUACAUGUACUUAUAAUAUAAUAUGCCUUGUCAGUAUUAAACUGUGCUCACAUUAUUGUGGGUGUGAGCUCCUCCUAAAAUGUUCUGCAAUUAGUGUAGGAUUUACUGGACCCAAAACCAGUUGUGGAACUGCACAAAUUUUAGGCAUCCCAUUGAUGAACUUUUAACUUAUAGAUAUUUUGAACAACCACAAUUUGCUGUCUGUCCCUUUUGAACACAAUGUUGCCCAGACUGUGCAUUGUAAAGACAUUUCUGCACUUAGAACUAACUCUGUCAUAUCCCCUUUUUAUCCUAAAUUUCAUUAGGAGAUAACUAGUGUUGGUGAGGAGCUAGGAAUUGUUCCUGUUAUCAUUAGAGGCGAAGAACUCAAUGAAAAGGGAUUUGGAGGUAAGUUUGCCCUGCAGAUACUAAGAGGUUAAUUGACAGGAUUUAGUUUACUUGGAAAGAAGUUGAAACAAAAUGUAUUGUCCAGAAAUAUAACCUUCUUAAAUUUAAUCAUCCAAUUUUUCACAUGCACAGUAGAUAUAAACUUUGUUAAAAUGUACCAUAUUGAGCUAGUCACCACAAAGGUCAUUAUACUAUAUAUACAGUACAUGAUUAUACUGUAGCUAGAAUUUGGAUGAAGCUCUUCUCAGCUGUUGUUUGCCAUCUCACUGGAAAGGAAAUUUAAGUUUUUUUUUUCUUUUAUGAGUGCCCUUGACUGAACUAGACUGAACUUACAUGUACUUGCAACACUGCUUUGUAAAUUUAUGUAAAAACCAUGAGGUUGCCGUAAAACUAUUAUUUAUUUUUUCUUAGUCAUGAGAAUACUGAAGGUGUUUUUCAGCAAAGUGCCUGAUAUUUUUUCCAUUUUGAAAUGAGAGUAGAAGUGUCCAAAUUUGAACAUUGGGAGUAAAACAGAGACCAUUUUAACACAUGUUUGGCAAGUGAUGUAGCCUUAAUAGGCCCUUUCACAGAAUACAGCAAUAUGAUAUAAAAAACACCAUGCUUGAUUGCAAACGACAAAGAGGGGCAAGAAAAUCAAAGGGAUUACAUCAUUCCAAAGUAAAAUAUCCUUUCAUUGGGUCAUCUACCAUCCACCAAGGUUUUUUUUUGUACCAUGUGUCCGUAUUCUGCAAAGGGCCCAUCAUCUGAGUUCAAGGUUAACUUUUUUCCCAUCUGUUCAGGUCUUUAUGGAGUUGGAAAAGCUGCUGAGAAUCCACCAGCUCUAGUGGUGUUAAGUCACACACCAGCAUCUGCCACACGGACAAUAGCCUGGGUUGGAAAAGGCAUUGUGUAUGACACUGGCGGGCUAUGCAUCAAAGCUAAGGUUUGUUCUGCUGUAUUGUAUUUUAUGUGUACUUCAGCCAAACAAGAUUAGAACCAUUUCAUCUUAUUCUAAAUCAAUCUGUUAACCCAUUUGCUCCUAGCCUGUUCCAGGCAUUCAGAUAGUGGAGUCACAUCUCUUUGCCCUGUCCUCACGAUCUGAAUGCUUGGAACAGGCUAAUUUGUUCUUGGGAAUUUGCCAAAAAAAUGUGUUUUGAAGCUAUUCAAGCCAUUUUCGGGUCACUUUCUGGUUAUAAAUAGCUUUAACUUUGCACAAAGCCGUCUACAGGUCCUACACUUCACGGCCUUCUUAUCCAGAUGUAAAAUAUUACAUUCCACAGUUGCGGAGUGCGCAGAAAGCACACCGUGCUCAUUCUGGUGUAGUUUGAAAGAUUUCUUCACCCUGCAUAAAGUUGACCUUGAACACUAAAACUAAUCACGUUAAAAGCAAUAGAAGGGACAUGGAUCUCCACUGGUGGUUACAGGCAGUUCAGGGAGGAAUGGAUUAAUAAAUCUCAGAGAGAAAGAUAUCAGGGGUUAAUAGUUAUAGCAGCCAUGUUAAAUGAAUAAGUAAAUAAAUAUAAAUAAAUAAUGACUUAGAGUUAGCUCAUCCACUUAAUUGUUUGGGGAGAGGAGAAAAGUGAAGACUUACAUGGAGAAAAACCUCUCAGAGCAAAGCAGAGAACUAACCACAAACUCAGCCCACGUAGCAUUAACUCCGGGAUUUGAACCUGGGCCACAUUGGUAGGAGCCGAGUGCUUUCACCCCUGUGCCAGCCCUUACUACCAUUGCAGUUUUUGAGGCAGAUCCAACAGUGGGAUUCCUGCAAUCUUGUCGCCUAUAAUUAGUAUUUACAUUUGUAUCAGGGAUGUCACUAAGAUUUCAAGUUGCUGGGUAAAUACAACAAGAGGGCGGGGAACAAAACAGCUAGGGAUUUCAUUUGGUUUUAUUUUUCUUCUAAUGUCCUACAAAAGUAGCCAGGGACCACAUACAUAGUAGAGAGCUUUAGAUUCUUAGACGAGAACGACUACGAGUACGAGAUUUUCUCAAUGCUAAGUAGUGCUCGCGCGUGAGGUAGCGUCAUUUUGGCGGGAAAACGUGGUAGCCGUCGUCAUUCUACUACGAGUUUUAACAAGAGUUUCGUAGUGGCGGGAACAAGUUAUCAAAUGUUAGAAGUUUUAGCAUUUUGCAAUCGGGAGAGGGCUCAUCCUCCUUCAAUAACGAUAAGAGUUUUAACUUUAAACUCUAAAGGUCUCUAGUAGCCAGGGGAAAACCCCAGCUCCCGCCUCUUAAUGACAGCCCUGUGUAUCCUGUUUUGUGAAAAACAAAAAAAGUAACUGUAAACUGUAAACUGUAAACUGUGGACUUUCAGUUCAAAGUAACAUUUUGGCCAAUUAUUAGACACCGUUCAUUACUCAGGGGAAAAUUAAUAAUUAAAUAAUUAUUAGUGGGUUUUACACUGUUGUAUUACGGUGAAAAAACUGAAGCUGGUUUGUAAAAUGAAAUAGAAUCAAAAACGGAAUUUAGUUUUGUAAUAUAUUUGAGUGAAUAUGUUGGAAACCAGCUUGCCUGUUGUCAUGAGAGGGCCAGUUAAGUACAUGUAUUAAGACUAACAUAAUUUAUUGCACAAGUACAUGACUGUUAUAACACUGUCCUCGAGAGAAAAUUCAAGCAACAUUUCAAAUUUCCAGAGGGCCUUAAGCUAAAGUUCCAUCAGGGCUAACACUGAGGGCCGGGAGCCGGGGAUUUAACCUGGCUACUGUCAGACUGACUUCCUAGUUGUUCAAUCCCCAACCUACCUUUUCCUACUACCUUACCUAUACCUGGAAACUUCAAAUCAUAGUGACAGCCCUGCAGGUUUCAUGAAUAUUUCUUUAAGUAAUCCUAUUUUCCCGAAGACUACAUGAGUUUUGUUUUUGGUAGACAUCCAUGCUUGGAAUGAAAAGAGAUUGUGGAGGAGCGGCAGGAAUUCUGGGAGCUUUUAGAGCUGCUGUGAAACAGGUCAGUUUGAAGUCUGUGACAUUAUCAAAACUGCUGUCUCUUCUUUGUAACUCAAGUUUCCAAGUAAAGUGCGUGAGCCUAUGUGGCUUUUGAAACAUGAUGCAUUUGUCGGUUUAUGACAGUUAUAGUGGUCUACGUCAAACCUACUUGUGCUUGGUUAUACAUGCACUCUCCUACCACCAGGGUAGGUUUGUUCUCUUUUCAGGUCUAUAUAAUUAUACUUAGUAAAAAAAACAAGACAAGACAAGACAAUAGUAUUAUAGUAUUAUUAUACUGGCACAUCAAUUAACGUUUUCCAAAUAAUUCACAAUUACAAUACUGAAUACUAGUAAGUGUAAAUGUGGAUGUUUCCUCCCGCACCCCACUCCCAGGAACCCCCCCCCAAAAAAAAACAACAACAACAACAACAACAACCUUUCUCGAUCGUAUGCUGGCAUCCGAGCUUACUGUUUACAUGUUAAUGUAUUGUAAGAGGGCACGCCUGUUGUCCUCCCAUCCACAACUCUUUAUUCAUUCAUUCAUUCAUUCAUUUAUCGUCGGCAAGAUGGCACCUACAUGAUCAAAUAUGAAAACCAAACUAUUCAGUCAGCAGUGACAGCUGUCAGCAUGUAUGGGAAAGGUAUGUUUUGAAAUUCUGUGCUAUGUGUUCUCACAGUUUCUCCCCUGUUCUUUGCCGUUAGGGUUUUAGUGAGAAUCUUCAUGCUUUGUUCUGUAUGGCUGAAAAUGCGGUUGGUUCUCGUUCUACAAGACCUGAUGACAUAUUAACAUUGUAUUCGGGAAAGUAAGUGCUGUUUAUAAAAUGGAAGGUGUUGCCUGUCGACAACGUUUUUCAACCCCUUAACUACUCUCUGACUUUCAGAAGCAACCCUAUUAAUUCUCAAACGGUACCUUUUUUUCUCUCCUAGCACCUCUUAGCGAGUGAGCUUUAGCAUCUGCGAGGGCAAUGGCAGCAAAAACGUCUCACAAAAAGUGAAUUUAUAAGCUCUGCUUCAAACUUUUUCACUCUUAUUACAUCUCGUUCAAUUUGUCAAGUAUUUGCGAAUUUUUGUGGUUUAAUUCUAAAAGUGCUGAAUCUAAGUUUAGAAAAAGAAAAAUUGAAUCGUUUUCUUGUAUUUAAGUUCUUACUAAAACGUGAAAUCAGGACGUUUCACGUCGUAGCCGUGCAAUGACGGCAAAGAAAUGUGCAUUAAAAAACGUACUGCACGCGCAGAGUUGUUGUUUUGCCGAUGAAAACCUACUGCUUUUUUGACGUUCUCGUUUCUGUCACCUUAGUUGUUGCUAAAGCUCUCUAUUAACUCAAAUGAGGAGACUUUGGGUCCUUUAAUUACUUCCCUUUACCGCCCGGUUAGUUAAGUUCAUAGUCUGCUGGUCUGUUGAGCAGGACUUGUAAAUAAACCCCAACCAACCAUAGUCGUAAAAAACCUGAUGAGGUCAUGCUGGCUGCGAUGAAAGGGCUCCUUGUUUCAGUUUAGAGGAUUACGUCACUGGGGUGUGACGUUAAUCCAUCGGCCUUUUUUUCCUCUUUUGAUAUUUCAUUUAAAAGAGGACUUAAACGAACUUGUAGCUUCGAUGAAAAAGAGUUAGGUGGAUUUCCACUGCAUGUCGCGAGUUUUUCGCGCGCACGCGCGUAAAUUUUACGCGCGUAAUUUUAAUUGAAUGUAGAAGCAAUGUUUUGAAGGUCGCGCGUAAACGUAAAAGUUGGGCGAGGCGGUUCAACUUCUACGUUUACGCGCGACGUUCCAUACAUUAGAGAGACUUAGAAUCACGUUAACGGCAAAUGGAAAACGUCUUAACACAGUUCAUUUCCCCUUCUGUAGAACAGUUGAAGUUAAUAAUACAGAUGCUGAAGGACGUCUUGUUCUUGGAGAUGGGGUGAGAUACUGUUUUUUCGCCUUUGAGUUACAGUUACGUUUUGUAACUACCAAGAUGACCAUUUGUCCGGACAAACUUUCAAUUGGCCGGUAAUUUAGUCUGGACAGGUAAAUUAAGCGACCAGGAAAAAAUACAUUUCCACACUAUAACGUGGCAAGAAUGCAAGCAUCUUUUUUUGACUGUAUGUUUUUGUUUGUCAUGUUAGUACGUUUAAGUUAUUAUUAUGUUAUUUUUUUACAUUUUGACCGGUCAGAAGAGAGACGUGACCGAGCUAAAAUUUCUUUGGUUAGUCAACAUGACUUUCAACAGUCCCAAGUUUUUUUUUGAGCCCUGCUUAACAAUUUAAGAAAUUAGGCAGGAAGUUGAGUGUGAAAGAUUUUUUGAAUUUUCAGACUAGUUAACAGAUAUUUACUGCUAAGCUAAUUUGCCGUGUCUGAAGGUUGCUUACGCCAAGAAAGAUCUCAAUGCCGACAUCGUUUUGGACAUGGCCACUCUGACUGGUGCACAGGGUGUGGCCACAGGAAAACAUCACGCAUCCCUUUUAACGAAUGAAGAGGCCUGGGAACCUGCUUGCGCUGCGGCAGGAAAAGCGAGUGGGGAUCUGGUGGUGAGUACUGUGGACAUGAAAACUGCUUUUCUUCCUUUUUCCAAAAGUCCAAGUGCUUAGAGCGAUCAAGGGGUGUGAAAAAACAAUCAAGAAAUCAGUUGGGGCAAGGGUUGCACAGUUGGUUAGUGCGCGACCUUCGGUGCGCGAAGUUUCGAGUUCGAUCCCCGGUGACAUCACAUCCUUGUUUUAACUUCUCUCCUUUCUGUGUAGCUUUGACUAGCUUUAAAUACCCUUAAAACGGAGCAUUGAUGGAGAGAGGUUGGGGGAGGGGGGGAAAUGAACGCACCGUUGACCUCAAGUUUAUCAGCUAUUAAUGUCACGAGUUAUCGACGUAAAAUAAUGUUGCUUUAGCUUUACCUUUAGUUAAAUAACAAACAAAAAUUCCCAGUUGGUCGAAACACGCGGCAGUAAUUUAAUAUAUAUUUACGUAAAACCCCUCCACUGGAGCUAGAAAAUUCAUAGCGCUAUUUUAAAUAAUAAGUAUGUUUUGUAUUUGGUAAGUUCAUAGGGUGUGGCAGAAACUGGGAUCUAAGUCUUAAGUGUCAAUGUAAAGAUGGUGUCGUAGGUCUUACAUUUUCGUGUAACACCCGUUUGUACAACCCUCGCUCACUUUGCCAUUUUGGAUUUUUACAGUUCCCAGUGCCUUACUGCCCGGAACUUCAUUUUUCGGAAUUUUCAAGCGCCUUAGCAGAUAUGAAGAACUCUGUCCAGGUUUGUUCUUGAUGCUCAUAAGCUGUUCUUGAUGUUCAUAAGCUGUUAUUUCUUCUCAUGGUUAGCCCAUAUCGUAUAAGCUUUUGUUUUCAUUCGAGAUACAGCUCACUUUGCUCGCCCUCUGGCCAUGGUAGACUUUCACAUAGUUGAUGCAGCCUUUCCACAAUUAAAAAGGCAACGUUGUCUUAAAGAGGUAGUAACACAAAGAUUUAGUACUCAUUGAAAGUUGAAAGUUGUUAUUUUGACUUGCUUACUUCUAACUUGUUCUAAUAUGGAAGAAUGUAUUGACUUCGUACUCUUGUUGUUUUGGUCCAUUUUAAGCAUCGUUGAGUGUGCCAUUUAUAAUCAUUAUAUCGUAGUUUAGAAAGCCAGGAAAGCUGAAACCUGUCCCUGAAACUAUUAUUGAUUCUUACACCUUUGAACAUUUGUUUUUUUGUUGUUGUUUUUUUUUUUUCAAAAAAAAACUCCAAUUAAAACCGUUUUCUCUUACCUUGCAGAACCGUGAUAACGCUCAAGUCUCUUGUGCUGGUCUCUUUAUUGGUACGUGUACCCAUAGCUGCCGCCCAUAGGAACAGCCUGCGUAGCCAGAUUUUCCGCGCGAAAGUUAAAACGAAAGCAAAAAAAAGGGGAGGACGGGGGAGGGGAGAGGAGAAAAGGACCCCCACCCCCACCUCUUCCUUCCUUUUCUUCUGCCAUUCCAACUUUGUUAACGAACUCGCGCGGUAACAUUUUCUAUGUAGGCUAACUGGGGCACUGUUACUGCUUUUGCAACAAUAAAAGAUACUGACGCUAUGUCUACAAUCUACCGGAUGCCUCAGUCUUGCGCCGGCUCGAAAACCAGCUCCUCUGAAUAAAAACCUCUCGCUUAUUACUGACAUGUUCUGUUAAUUUGUGCACACUUCUCUAGAUCCAAAUUUUCGUUUCACCAAAUUGCGUUUGUAAUUACGUUUGCGUCUAUAUUAAGACGCAAACUUGAAGACGUUGUAUCAACUACAUGUGUAAUCUGUUUUACUUAUCUUUAGGCUCACAUUUAGGAUUUGAUUUCCCCGGAACCUGGCUUCAUGUUGACAUGGCGGCUCCAGCUCAUGUGGUAAGAAAAAAGCAUUGCAGUGUCAGGCAAAAACCUAAAGGGGCUAUUUCACUAGGAUAUCAUUGUUUGUUUGGUUUGGCAUGAAAAGAUUUUGUUUUGGCCAUAUAAUAUAUCCUCUACUGACCCGGAAGUUUGUUCGGUCAAGACGGCUGAGUAUUGGUUUCGUGUUUUCUCUUUAUGAUUUUGUCUUGGUCCAUAAAAAAAUCCAGACAUCUUGCCUUCACGCUUGGUCACUAUCGUAUAUGUCUUACACAAGUCUCCUUUCUUGUAGAGAGUUAAGGAAAGACGAGGACUAUUUCUAUGUGUCAGUUUUAGGAAGGUGUCCGUUACAGGGCGGACACUCAAACCGGCACACUUGAAAGAAGAUUGUUCAAUCACAACGCUUUUUUAUUGCAAACGGAAGAAUACAUUCGUUAAUCUGAGGGCUGUUUUCUGAUUGGACAAUCUUCUUCCAAGUGUCCCGGUUUGAGUGUUCGCACUGUGGAAGAGGGACUUGACUUUCAACUUGCGUUCUCCUUGUCGGUCUUUUCCCGCCCCACUUAACUUUGCGUUUUUAAGUUGUCCCCCUGUUACCGUUCUCGUUCGACCAGCUGAUGCGUUCUCCGCCAUGUCUUUUUCAGGGUGAAAGAGCUACGGGUUACGGUGUUGCGCUGCUUGUGACCUUAUUUGGGAAACUGUCUUCAUCAAAACUGCUCCAAACUAUUUCGCCCUGCCUGCCAGAAAAAAAAGCUGGAAGGACCGCUUAGAAUAAUUCACAUUUUUUUUUGGAACACGCUUGGCAUGAAGUGCGCAUGCACACUGAUUACAUGAACUUGAAAUAUCACUAUUGUAUAUUAAUUCUCG